AUGGAUUAUACAGACCUUUUAGAACCAAAAGUCAUACAGCCCAAGAAGCCUAGGGAAUUAAGGUCGCCAGCUGGAUUUUCGGAAGCUUCUACAAAGAAAUCUACUGUUCAAGUCAAAAAAGAAGUGGAUCUUGAACAAUUGAAGGUCAAAAAAAUAUGGGAAAUAGCAAUAGGACCAGCCAAGUCAAUUCCCAUGAAUUUGAUCAUGAGCUAUAUGACAGGUAACUCCUUACAGAUUAUUCCUAUAAUGAUGACGUUUUCCUUAUUUUUCAAUCCCUUGAUGGCCAUUUUCAAUGAAACUAAUAAAAUUUUCAAAAAUUUGGAAACAGAUAAAAAUACCACUGUUGUUUUACAGGCUAAGGCUGUUUUCAUAUUAUGUCAACUUGGUUGCAUGGCCAUAGGAGUAUGGAAGUUGAACGGGAUGGGAUUGAUUCCAAAUAGUGAUGCUGACUGGUUAUCUUUCAAAAAUCCGAUACUGAACCCUGAGAGAAUUACUCUCAUAUAG